AUGCCGAGCGCCGCGGAGGCGGUGACGCUGUACGUCGCCCCGGCGCUCGGGACGGUGCUCGCGAUGUUCAUGUUCGGGUCGCCCUUGCCAGAGAUAUCGAGGAGUCGCGAGAAGGGGACGAUUGGGUCGUUGAAUCCGACGCCGUACCCGAUCGUGGCGGCGAACUGCGCGAGUUGGAUGAUGUACGGGGCGAUCUCGGGGAACUACUGGGUGUACUGCCCGAACUUCACCGGACUGCUCGCCGGGGCGUACUACUCGGGGGUGUCGUACGCGUUAUCGGAGCGACACAGACCGGUGCUUGAGAAGCUGUCGGGGGGACUGAUAUUUCUCGUAUCGCUCAUUGGGAUGGUUUUGAGCUGUGUGAUGCGAGGAUCGAGCGAGAACUCGCGGUUGAUGGUGGCGGGGAUCCAGGCGAACACCAUCCUCGCCGUGUAUUACGUGUCGCCGAUGUCGACGAUGUCAGAAGUUGUCAGGACGCGGGACUCAAAGUCCAUGCACUUUCCUCUGGUGGUGACGAACUUCUUAAACGGGUUGUGUUGGUUUGCGUUCGGAAUAGGGCUCAACGAUUGGUGGCUCGCGGCGCCGAAUCUUUUCGGAGCGUGCGUCUCUGUGGUUCAGAUUGGUCUCAUCAUGGUUUUUCCAAACUCAGAGCGUCGUGCGGGUAUUUCCACGACGCCUUCUACGGAUGGAUUGAUGGAAUUGAACCCGACGAGUAGUUUCAGUGAAUCGCCACGUAGUUCCACCGCGGUGUGA